UGUGAGCGUGCAUGCCCACGCGCACCCUCUCGCGCUCUCCCCGCGUCUCUGUGCCUCAGCACUCAGCAGACGGACGCCUCCAUGGAGGGCUCGUGCAGCAGUCCUCCGCCUUACUACUUCCAAAGCCACAUUCGGACAUGACUUAAGAGGUUAAACCCGGCUCCUCCAGCAGCCUGACGCUGACCGAACAGCCCGCAGCAUCCCGGCGGUACCAAGAUCCAACUUUUUUUUUUUUUUUUUUUUUUUUUUUGUUAAACAUCCCCCUCCUGCUCCUCGGACACCCAUCCCCUGUUACUUUUCACAUCCAUUCCCGGGAGAUAAGUCAGUUAUUCCCUGGGAAUUAAAGGAGGUUGCGCUUUUUUUUGCCUGCGUGUGUGUGUGUGAGUGUGUGUGUGUGAGCGUGUGUGUGUGUUUACUCCGGGGAUCCGCAUGGAUGUGGCAGCGGUAGAGGGGAUGUCUCUGCCGGGUAUCCGACUCCGGAAUCGGCCGACGCAAGUGAUGCCGAGCCAGAGGAAGGUCAAAGCGAGGCGGAAAAGACGAAAGGAGUUGGUUUUAAUCCAGAUAUGCUUGUUCGGAGGCUUGCUCCUGGUCGUGAAGGGCUUUUCCUACUUAGCGGAAAAUUCAGGUUUCGAUGUCUCCAGCCACAGCAGCGGCGACCAGGAGAGAUGGGGAGGGAGGAGGCUACUGCAGGAAAUGGACAACAGCAGCCUGGAGGAAGAGGAGAGAGAGGAAUCUAAGAACUGCACUGCUCCAGCUCUGCACGAGUUCCCGACAGACUUGUUCACACACAAAGAGCGAACAGAGGGAGCUGUGGCCCUGCAUGUCCUGUGUACCAUUUACAUGUUCUGUGCCCUGGCCCUUGUCUGUGAUGACUACUUCGUCCCCUCCCUGGAGAAGCUGUGUGAGCGUCUCCAUCUCAGCGAGGACGUAGCAGGUGCCACUUUCAUGGCCGCUGGCAGCUCAGCUCCCGAGCUCUUCACAUCCAUCAUAGGGGUGUUCAUCACCAAAGGUGACGUUGGUGUGGGGACUAUCGUGGGUUCAGCUGUCUUCAACAUCCUCUGCAUCAUCGGUGUGUGCGGCUUCUUCGCCGGCCAGGCAGUGAAGCUCUCUCACUGGGCUCUUCUCCGAGAUUCAAUUUAUUACAUUUUUUCUAUCACGGCCCUCAUCGUGUUUAUCUACGAUGAGAAGGUGUGCUGGUGGGAGUCUCUUGUUCUGAUUCUUAUGUAUGCAGUCUACAUCCUCAUCAUGAAGUUUAACAGCAGGGCACAUCGCUACUUUGACCGUCGAAAGAAGAGCUCUGUGAAUCUGUCCAACGGGCUGACAGGAAGCACUGAUCUGGAGGACAAUGUCACGUGCGAUGCCACUGCAGUGCUGCUUAAGAAAGCUAACUUCCACUGUAAGCCGUCUGUGCUGAUGGUGGAUGAGCUGCUGUCUGCGUACCCCCACCAGCUGUCUUUCUCCGAGGCCGGCAUGAGGAUCAUGAUCACCAGUCACUUCUCCCCCAGAACCCGCCUCACCAUGGCCUCUCGGAUGCUCAUCAACGAGAGACAAAGACUGAUCAACACCACUGAGACUCGAGUCAACCGCAUCACCAACGGCGACUCUGACUCCGCAGCCAGGGCUCAGGGAAGGCGGGGGUUAGAGAAUGGGAUGGGUGGGGCUGAGCAGGGUCUGAACGGGAGGUGCAGACUUCAGCGACUGGAGUCUGGCAACGAGACAGAGAAUGAAAACGAAGAUAACGAGAACAAUGAGAACGACGAGGAGGGAGAGGGAGAAGAUGACAGUCAGGGCCCUCUGGUGCCUUUCAAAGUUCCAGCUGGGGUGUGCAACAAGCUGAAGUGGCUUGCGAUGUGGCCUCUGUCCCUACUUCUGUUCUUCACCGUGCCCAACUGUGGCAAGCGGCGCUGGGAGAGAUGGUUCAUGGUCUCCUUCUUCACCGCCACCAUCUGGAUCGCUGGCCUCUCCUACAUCAUGGUCUGGAUGGUGACUGUGAUCGGCUUCACUCUGGGCAUUCCAGACGUAAUCAUGGGGAUCACCUUCCUCGCAGCAGGCACCAGUGUCCCAGACUGCAUGGCCAGUGUUAUAGUCGCACGGCAAGGUCUGGGAGACAUGGCCAUCUCCAACUCCAUAGGCAGUAAUGUGUUUGACAUCCUGGUGGGCCUGGGCCUGCCCUGGGCGCUGCAAACACUCUGCAUCGACUACGGCUCCAUCAUCCAUCUUAACAGCAGAGGACUCAUAUUCUCUGUUGGACUCCUGCUAGCCUCAGUGUUUGUCACAGUUCUCGGUGUCCAUUUGAACAAAUGGACUCUGGACUGGCGACUGGGCUUGGCCUGCCUCAUCAUGUACGCCAUCUUUCUAUGCUUCUCCAUCCUCAUCGAGUUCAACGUCUUCAUCUUCGUCAACCUUCCCAUGUGUCCAGACAUCCACUGACCUCCCUCUUUUCCUCCUUCUUUGUCUUCUUCUUCUUCCCCCGGUUAACGGAGGAGAAACCUCACCUGGCUUCCAGUUUCUCGGCGCCUGAAACCAAGUCCUACCUUUUAUUUUUUCAAAUAGAAAAAGUAGAGCUGUAUAUAAUUUAUCUAUGGUGCAAUACACGGAAGACAGAAGACACCGCAAGUUUUUUGGGGGGGGGGACUGGACAGGAGGCGCGAUAAGAAAGUCCUAGCAGCAGAGAUAUGCUGCCAAUCGUCUCAUGAACCGAAAGGUUGGCUGGAGUAAACUUAACUGUAUUAACACCGACGGUUAGGCUACUGUUGGUGAAGAAGCUGCUGCUACUGUAACUGACUGGUGGAAAGAGAGGAAUCCUGCGCUAACAGCGAUUUUUAGCUGGAUUGUUUGUUACUCUUUGUACAAGUUUGGAUAUAAGCACACGAUUAAGGUAUUUUUAAGUACUUUCUCUGUAUAUAUUUGAGGGUUAUAUAGGUACUAACAUUAGCUGAUAUAUGGGAUUCUCUUAUGCACAAUUGGAUCAGUCUUGCCAAGCUGAACGAUCCAGCGACAGUGACGAUAUUGUACGUUUUACUUUAGGGAUCUGGUCUGCCAGUAAUACACUCAAAAACGCUUCAACAUGUCUCCUAUGCUCGGUACCAGCCGACACAGCAUGCUGUACUAGCCACAACUCUAGCUUUGCACUGAUAGAGAGAAUCUAGAUAUUUAACACUAUUCACACGUGUAGAGUCUAUUCCUGUUUGUUUGUCUCUCUACAGGCAUUUCUGAGUAGAUCCGGGCUUUAUUUUCCCCACGUAGGAAAGGGAUCUGCCUGCAAGGGACAUCCAGCACUGUCACUUUAUUGAUUAGAGAUAUUAGCCUAUCAUUGCAAAGCGUCUACAGGUACUCUAAACAUAAUGUAACUACUGACUUUAAAGUUCCCUCUAGACAGUAGACCUCUUGUACAUAUUAAAUUAGUCUCUGAGUUGAGUAUAACAUUGUUUCUUCUUAAAGCCAAAAGUAUUUUUAGAAUAGGAGUAAGAGUCUUAGAUUUGGAUUUAAGAUCCAGCUCGAGUGCACAGUGUGUGUGUGUGUGCGUGCGUGUGUGAGUGCAUGUGACAGUCUCGAGGGGAACCAAGGACAUCACUGUUACUGGGAAGACAUAAUCAUGAUUUAUUUAUGAAUUAAUUUAUUCAAAGAUCAUGUCUAACCACCAGUUUCAGCCCUUUGGAUCAUGUACAGUGUAUUAAAUGGAACGCUCUCCGCUCUCUGACGACAGAGCUGUACAAUGUACUGUACCUAAUAUAUAAUCUAAGUACUGGAAACUGACUUGAUGUUGUUUAUAUUUAAGAAUACAACUUUAUAAUUUAUAAGUUUUGUAUAGUUUGGAAAGAUAAUGCAACAUUUGUAUAUUGGUACAAACACAGAGGUUUUUGCCGAUGAUGCACGGCGGGGUUGAGACGGAAAUGUUUUGAUUUGGCAAGACGGACUGAAAAUGCAAUCUUUGGCCCUGUUUACACCUGGUAUUAACGUGUGUGUCUCGGGUGAUCUGAUCGCAGGUGGAAAACUUUAAGUCUGUCUGAAUGCAGCUCCACAUGUGCUUCAAAUGGCCAACUGUGAUCAGAUCUUACUUCCCCACCCUAUAUCCAAAUAAAGACAUACAUCAUUCCUUUCACAAAGACCAAAUGUGUCCUUGUAUGGGGAGACACCCCAGGUGAACAGAUAGCACCAUGAAACUUCCCCAGUUAAGUCCUUACAGUAAGACACUUGUGUUUUGUAUCACAAGUUUUCUGACAUUUUAGGUUUAAAUAUGCAAAUGAAGCAUUAUAUAAUUAAUAUGUGCUAAUUUGCGUAUGUUUCUGAAUACAUGAACAUUAGAUAAAGCCAGGUUCAUAACAUGUCAUAUUAAAGUCAAAGGAUUUUACAGAGGGAAUUUGGAUAUAUCUUGCUAUCAAUCCAUAAACCAGAAAAUAUCAUCAGCAGCCAUAAUUUUUUUUUUUGCCAUGUUUGUAGGAAUAAAAUGUUCCAUAAAUCAGGGUAUGAAUGAUAUAUUUAAAAAAAAAAAAAGACCCUCUAUAAAACCUUCAGAAUAUAGAUAGGAAUAAAACUGAAAAGUUUGGUGAAUGUAGGUGGGACUGAAGUCGAGAUUUUUGGCUCAGAGAGAGAAAAAAACGACCUUUAAAAAUAUGUAUUGCAAAAUUCCAUACAUUUUUCCCUAGUAUUUUAUUUAGCCAAAGAUGAAAUUACAUAUAUAAUUUUGCAGUGUCAACGCUCUUUUCAUUUUACAGAAAACAGUCUUGAAAAAAAAAAGUUCACAGAUGCAGAAAAACAUGAACAUGUAAACAAGGCAAGACAUCAGAGUGUCAAAUGUGAAUAAUGUAAAUAAAGGGGAAUUAAAAUUAAAUAAAUUGAAAAAAAAAGACAAAGUAAGUCUAGAUACAGGACUUCCUUAAUCCUCUUUAUCCCUUAUCCAUUACCCUUGUCUCACUCGUUAACUCAUACUCAGAAUGGGAUAUUGUAGAAGAGUGGAAAAUUACAUACAUUGUCAUUUCCGCCAUGAAAUUUCCCAUUUUAUUACUUAUAUUAGGAGAAUUAUUUUAUGUACUAAAAGUUUUAUGAAAUUUAAUGUUUAAAUAUUCAACAUAUUAUCUUAUUAAAUAUGUGCUUUUUGCACAGAAAUCUGAACUAAAAUAAAAACCUAACUGUGUAUUUAGGAAGUUUUCUUUCCACUCAUGUAAAAGAAGACUUUACAGAAGCGAAAUAGCCCAAAAUUUAAAAAUUGACCAGUGCAUGAGAAACUGCUUUUUCACCUGGGGUGUCUCACCAUAAAUUACCCAGUUGCGAUGUGGAUCGUCCAGUUUCCAUUGUACUCUUUGGCCCAAAUGGAAAUCAGACUCCGUCUACAAGAAUCAAUUUGACUGUUGUAGUUUCUUCUUCUUUUUCUUCUUCUUUAAUUGUUUUGGGUUCUUCCAAAGAUUUUAAAAAGAGGAGAAGUCACGGCCUCAUAUUACAUCAUACCAGUAGGGUACAAUACAUGCGCAUGAAAAUCUAGUCUGCACUUGAUGAAAGACUCAACAGCUAGCGAUCUGUCAUAGAACAAGGGGGCAGCCUUAGGAGCAGUCGGCCUUAAGUCAGAAUAUUUUUGUAUGAAAAAUAAAGAUAUAGGCGAGAAUUAUAUCCUUUAAUUAUUGAAAAAGUUGGUAAUAGAAGACCAUAAAUAUUGCAAAUAUUGUAUUGUAUAUCUGCUGCCAUCCAACUGAGUGUACUCAAAAGUUCUGUCAGGCUGAGCGCACCCAAGGUUGCCAAAAACAUCGCACCCAAAAAACACCUGAGUGGACACUGUUACGUUAUUUCUAGUGCCUGCUGUAACUCUCCAACAUCGCAGCUCCAUUUACAUUGCACAUGUGUCAUAUGCCAAUGCUCCCAUGGGGUAAAAGAGUGUGCCCAGCCUUUUCCCACAAAUAAAUUCCUUCUUCCACCUACACACAAGACGGCAGCUGAGUAGGCGGUCCUUCAGUGUGGCCCAGAACACAUUAGCAUACACCCUGCUGAACAAAUGUGGCCAUACAUGGCCCAGACCACCUCCGAAUGUGGUCUUAGCGAUCGGAUCUCAAGACACAUGGAGGACUCAUUGGGUGCAUUUACACCUGUACUUAGAGCUUUCUACUCUGAUCUGAUCACCCAAGACACAUGUCAAUACCAGGUGUAAAUAAAGCCUUUGUCACUGGUCCUAACACGGGUAGAAGAAGUUGCUAACCCCCUUGUGUGUUGAGCUGGUGAUGACUCAUGGAUGUGAUAGAUUCACUUUCAGAUAAAGAGGAAGUGCGUACCGAUGGCACACAACCCUUUGAACUUUCACAACAUAUUGUUUCUUAAACACAGUGCUUUAACUCUUGUGCCAUCCCUUGUAUUUGAGGCUUCAAAACCAACGCUCGUGGCCAUCCUCCUGCUUGUCUUUGAGCCAACAAAACUCCAUUUAUGUCAACAGUAUUGCCACUCUGUUUCAGCAUGUGUUCAAACAAAAUGUGGAAGAUAUGUAUUUUAUUUUUACCUUGAAGGAUUCUCACUGAGGACCCUCAUGUUAAUAGAGUUGCUGAUUAAUUAAAAAGCUGUCCUCUGUAGGUGUUCCUCCUACAGCCACAAGAGAGCGCUGUAGGGCUGUGUUACAUCUUCACAGGUGGCUGUUACCUUUACACUCAGUAGGAAGUGGUCUGGGUAUAUUUUCAGGUAGGCUACAUAGAGAUAAAUACUGGUCGGUUUGCAUGCCUCUCUCAUAAUUCAGAUUAUUUUGUGUGUAAUUUUAAUGCAUUUCCAAGAUCAAAAGGCACUGUCUUGAUUAUGCUGUACAUAUCAGAGGGAUAUGCUAUUAGAAACACAGAUGUUGGAAUAACUUCUGAUGAGCAGUUAUAUAUGAGGUAUAUACUGUAUUUAGAAUGUAGGCCUACAGCAGUUAGUUUUCAGCUAAUUAAUGUCGUUUUAUGCUCAUGUCUUUCCAAUUGUUUGUAAAUCCUCAUUUUUGUUGAUGAGGACCUCUGGGCAGAGCUCAGAGUCGGAGAGAGAGACGAAGAUGUUGGCCUUGUUCCCAGUGGUCUUCUUGCAAUAAACUGAUUUACAUUCACAAAUCACUU